GCCCAGUUCUACAAAAGAAAACAGAAAUUAUAACUUGAAGAGAAAGUGUCCCGUUCUAAUAAGUACAAAGAUUAAAGACAACAAUUUCCUGUUCCUCUAAGCCCAUUCAUAAAUUUUGAAACUUCAACUGCCAUAACAACUCUUUUAUUAGCUUCAAAGUCACUUUCUUCCUAACCCCCUCUGGAUUCAUAUCACUAAUCCUACUCCAAUUAUAACAAAUCUUCCUUCUUUUCUCUAUAUAUAACAUACAUACAUUCUUAACCUGCCCCAACAACACUAUUACUAUCUUUCUUCCUUUCUCAUAUCUUCAAGAUUUCAUCAUGUCCACCAUUGUUUUUCACUUUAACGUUUAUGAGCCCCAAGAUUUCUUACCUGGGGAUGAUAGUUUCUCGGAUGAAACCUCCUUCUUAAUCGAUUUUCUUUAUGCCAUUGACAACUUAACCACAUACGGAAACCUGAUGCUGCCACAGGAACAUUUACUGCAUAACAGAUCAACAUGGUCUGCUAUAUCUUCUAAGCUCUCAGAGAUGAAUGUGCCCUUCUACGCUCACGCGGAUAUGAUAUUCAAGAUUAUCGACUUUGCACGUUCAAUUGUCCACCAAGACUCGAGUGUCAUUCCUCUGGUUGUGAGCAUCGAGGCAGAAGUUAGUGAAGAAGCUGCCAUGUCUGAGGCUGUUACAAGAUACAUCAACGAUCAAGUUGUUCAGCAGGUGCCGGCUGCAUUGAAAAGAACUAUAAUUGAAGGGCAUUCGAAGCAGUGUGUGAUCUGUCUGGAGGAGAUGGCCAUUCUAUCAGAAGCUGCAUGCAUGCCUUGCUCUCAUGUGUAUCAUCAAGACUGUAUUGUGACUUGGUUAGAGAGGAGUAAUGUUUGCCCGUUAUGCCGGUUUCAAAUGACUUCGACUACAUAGACUAGUUUUUCAAGUUUCUCCUUCAGUUUAUUUGUACUUUGUUGAUCAAGAGUAGCAUUUGAUAAAACAAAAGCUAACAUUAUUUUGCAUGGUUUUGAAUCUUUCUUGGGCAAUUGAUUACAUGGAAUAGAAGUUUGAUAAAUAAUCUUCAGAGAAGUAAAAACUUAGCA